GAUUAUGAUGAGGAUUUGAUUAGGGAGCAACUGGCUAGGAAUUAUGCGUUUUUUGGGGAAAAGGGGAUGGAGAGGAUUAGGGAGGGGAGGGUGGUUGUGGUUGGAUGUGGAGGCGUUGGGAGUUGGGCUGCUGUUAUGCUUGUUAGGUCUGGUAUCUCGAAAAUUAGGCUGGUAGACUUUGACUACGUCACUUUGUCCUCCCUCAACCGACACGCCACAGCUGGGCUGGAUGACGUCGGGACGCCAAAAGUUAAAUGUAUUGAAAAAACACUCUUGUCGAUCUGUAAAUGGGCACAGGUAGACUCUCGGAUAGAGGUUUGGCGCAAGGAGGAGGGAGGAGCGUUGUUGGAAGACGCUGAUUGGGUUAUUGGUAUGUUUUCGCCGUCCUUAACACACGCUCUCUUCUCACAGUGUUUCUUAGAUGCGAUAGACAAUAUACAGACGAAAGUCGAUUUGUUAAAGUAUUGUCAUGAUAAUGACAUCAAGGUUUUCUCCUCCAUGGGCGCAGGAGCCAAAUGCGACCCAACCCGAAUACAAAUCAGCGAUAUCUCGCAUACAAUAUACGACCCCCUCGCACGCUCCGUCCGCAGACGUCUCCGUACACUCGGCGUCUCCUCCGGUAUCCCCGUCGUCUAUUCUACAGAAGUACCAGGGGACGUGAAACUCCUCCCGCUCCCCGAAGAAGAGUUUGAGAAAGGCGCGGUCCAUGAGCUGGGUGUGUUUGAUGACUUUCGAGUCCGAAUCCUGCCUGUUAUCGGCCCGCUACCGUCGGUGUUCGGACUCCACAUCGCGACUUACGUUCUCUGCGAACUGGCCGGAAAACCGAUCCUUAACCCCCUCCCCAUAAAAAAUAGAAAGAAGCUCUAUGAAAGGAUGUAUCGCGACUUACUCGUUCGCGAGUCUAAACUGUUGGGUGAACAGCUCAACAAACUCCCCAUCGACGAAGACGACGUCGCCCUGAUCUUCGAAGACCUACACAGGGGACGUUCCGUCAUCCCACCGCACAACGUGCCCAGCAGACCGACCCUCGUCCGAUGGGACCCCCUCCUGCCUUUGACAGUCGAUAAUUGCGUGGUUAUGGAGUUUGCGGACGCGGAGAAGCAC